ACCGCCUCGCAGGUGGCGUUGCAAGCACAUCCUCAGUGGUGGUGGCGACAACCGUCUACCACCACUGUUGCGAACACCCCUACGGUUGUUGCCACCACUAAGCACAUGCCGACCAGCAUUGCGGCUUCUGCACAGACCACCACGCCGAAUUCUGUCCCCAUUGCGAGCUCUUCGCAACCUCAAACCACGGAGUCCACUUGCACGGGUAUGAGCAUGGCCAACCUCCGCAAUCCAUUCCUUUCACUGUCUCUUGCCUUUGCCUCCAACUGA